AUGGCGGCGUCGGCGGCCCUGUCGGCUGCUGCUGCGGCGGCGGCCCUUUCGGGCCUGGUAGUGCGGCUGUCGCGCUCGGUGGCGGUCCGCGGCUCGUAUGGCGCCUUCUGCAAGGGGCUCACACGCACGCUGCUCACCUUUUUCGACCUGGCUUGGCGGCUGCGCAUGAACUUCCCCUACUUCUACGUCGUGGCCUCCGUGAUUUUCAAUGUGCGCCUGCAGUGUCACCUGAACACGGGCAGUGGCUCCAGGGGAGGGCAAGCCAGACAGGAAGGGUGGUCUGCCCACUUCGCGCCCUGGCCCUUCACCCAGCGGCCUCUUGCCGCCUUUGGGAACUGGGGCUGUGUAGGCAGUGACCACCCUUUCUCUGCCUGGUCAAGACUGCCAAGUCCCUCUAGUGCCUCCCCGUCCGUUCUGGGGUCACUGGAGUUGCAGCGGAGUGAAGGCCUGGCAGAGAGCCGAAGAAGCCCAGCUAGCAGAGGCCUGGUGGUCUGGCUCUGGUUCUUCUCCCUGCUGCCCCCCCCCAUCACAGUGCAGAAUUGUCCAGAUGGGCAUGGCCUGGUCCUGGAGGCCCUGGGUGUGCUGCUAACAGUGGGGAUCUGGGGGGCAGGCCUGGCCCUCCCCGGACCCACCUUCUGGUGCUGGUUGCUGGAAGCCCAAGAGCAAGCUGCAGCAGGCUGCUCAGCCCAGGGACAGAGAGGUCCUGUCUCAUUGCCCUCCAUCCUCUGCUGUCCAGCUGGAGCUGGGGGCCUAGAAGAUGACCUCUGCCAGCUUCAGCCCAGCCACUGA